CGUCUCUCGGAGGGCUCGGGCCCGUCCGCCCUGAGGAGGGGCUGAGUCCCCUCCCCGAGCUCUUGAAAAACCCGCCUGUGGUGGAGUCAGCUCAGGACUGCUUAGGGUCUUUGAGGGUCAGGUACAACUGUCCCUGAAGCUAGGUCACAUUCAAGUUUGGAACAGGGAGUCUUGCCCCUUCAUUCUUUCUGUUUCUCUCUGUGGAACCGAAAACCUCGGUAAAUUUGCCUUUGGAACAGGUAAGACGUGCAUGCUGAGCUGCCAGGGGAGGGGGCUGGCUGGAGAAGGAACUUACCUCAGCAGAACAUAGAACUGGAGGGUCAGAAUGGUGAUCCCAAACAGGAACACUGUCGCUUGGCUGCAUGGGACACAACAAUAAGAGAGAUGUCAGAGUUUUCCAUUUAGAUCGACAAUUUCAAAUUCUCAGCAUGGAAAACUCAGAGAAGACAGAAGUGGUUCUCCUUGCUUGUGGUUCCUUUAAUCCUAUCACCAAUAUGCACCUCAGGCUGUUUGAGCUGGCCAAGGACUACAUGAAUGGAACAGGAAAAUAUGAGGUUAUCAAAGGCAUAAUUUCUCCCGUUGGCGAUGCAUAUAAGAAGAAAGGACUCAUCUCUGCCCAUCACCGAGUUAUCAUGGCAGAACUCGCCACCAGGAACUCAAAAUGGUUGGAAGUUGAUACAUGGGAAAGUCUUCAACAGGAUUGGAUAGAGACUGCCACGGUGCUAAGACACCACCAAGAGAAGCUGGAGGCCAGUAGCUGUGACCACCAGCAGGACUCCCCUGUACUGGAAAGGCCUGGACGGAAGCGGAAGUGGGCUGAACAAAGACAAGAUUUUAGUCAAAAGAAAUCACUAGAGCAAACAAAAACAAAAGGUGUGCCAAAGGUGAAGUUGCUGUGUGGAGCAGAUUUCUUGGAGUCUUUUGGUGUGCCCAAUCUGUGGAAGCGUGAGGAUAUCACCAAAAUCGUGGGAGACUAUGGGCUUAUAUGUAUUACUCGGGCUGGAAAUGAUGCUCAGAAAUUCAUCUAUGAAUCCGACGUGCUGUGGAAACACCAGAACAACAUUCACCUGGUGAAUGAGUGGAUCACCAAUGACAUCUCAUCCACAAAGAUCCGGCGAGCCCUCAGAAGAGGACAGAGCAUUCGCUACUUGGUACCAGACCUUGUCCAGGAAUAUAUUGCGAAGCAUAGUUUGUAUAGCUCCGAGAGUGAGGAGAGGAAUGUUGGGGUGAUCCUAGCUCCUUUGCAGAGAAAAACUGCAGAAGCUGACACAUAAGAAAUUCUCCAGCAUGGUAUUGUGGACUUCCCUUUUGGGAAUUUGAAACAGUGUGGGUGUUAGUAAAUGAGGGAAGGAAUUGUGAUCCUCUUUAAUAAAUUAAAGUUUAAAAGGUUGGUAAAAAUCAGUAGUAAUUUAAAAUCAGGUUUAUCUUUUUAUCAGAAGUUACUAAGAUGAAUGAUUUCAAUUUUUUUUUUUUUAGGAAUAUACAAAUCCCUUUAUCUUUAAAACAAGAGAUUAGUAGCAGAGCUAAUUGUAGAAAAACAUUAUAGAAGAGCAUUCAAUAUACAAAUCCUUUUAUCUUUAUAUUAUUUUUUUUAUAAAUUUAUUUUAUUUAUUUAUCUUUGGCUGCAUUUUGGCUGCGUUGGGUCUUCGUUGCUGUGCACGGGCUUUCUCUAGCUGCAUCGAGCCAGGCCUGCUCUUCGUUGAGGUGCGCAGGCUUCUCAUUGCGGUGGCUUCUCUUGUUGCAGAGCAGGGGCUCUAGGCGCGCGGGCUUCGGUAGUUGUGGCACGUGGGCUUCAGUAGUUGUGGCUUGCGGGCUCUAGAGCGUAGGCUUCAGUAGUUGUGGCGCACGGGCUUAGUUGCUCCGUGGCAUGUGGGAUCUUCCCGGGCCAGGGCUCGAACCCGUGUCCCCUGCAUUGGUAGGCGGAUUCUUUUUUUUUUUUUUUUUUUUAUAAAAAAGUUUUACCUGAUCUUUAUUACCAGGAUAACAUGAAAUAAAAAGCUCUUAAGCAUUUAUACACAGAAAAAAAUCAAUAGGGAGACUGGUAGGACUCAGUAUCCGUAGUAGCUAAAAUAGGAAAAGGCCAGGGACUUUAUCAAUGGAGUCGUAAAACAGACUUAGCCAAAACUGCAAGCUAGGCAACAAGCAGUUUCACUUCAGAGACUUUAUUGCAGGGCCCCAGUUUCCUUAUCUGAAAAUAAAUGAUUAUAAGUAACAGUUAUCUGAAGGGAGAAUUCUGGGAGAAUUAAACUAUCCCCUACAAGACCCAAUGAGCAUACUUAGGUAUUAAGACCUGAUUGCUUAGGGUGUGAAAGUUCACAGCACAGUCUACUCCAGGACCUUCCUUAAAGGUUUAAAAACCUCAAACAAAAGUUCUUAAUACAAGAACCAAUGUUUAAAGCAUAAAAUCCUUACUUGGAGUGUUCAGCCCAGUUGAUUAUCAAAAGCUAUUUAUAAAAUGCUUCAAUACUGAUGAUAUUAAAACUACCAAAACUCUGUAAUGAUCACAGAGAUUUGGCCUCCCAGGUUAGAGUCCAAAGUCAUUCUGACUCCUGAUAACAUUGCAGAGAUGUCAGUCAGAUGCUUCUUAACCUAACAAUGUGGCAUCUGCUGUCUAUGUUUUCCGUCAAUCAUAAUCUCCAACCAUCUUCUUAAUGUGUGACAAUUUGCUCUUCAACUGCUUGCAGUAAUUCCUCUUACUUUUGUAAUCUGCAGAUCCCUUAACUUGUUUCAGUCUAUUGUAUUCAGCAGCAGCAGCCAUGUACUCUUCACUUUCUUCUCUAUAGUCAUCCAGUUCUUUACUGAUCUCAUCAAGUUCUGCUUGUAAGCUCUUGUAUUCCUGCAGGCCAGUGUCAAAAUUCCUCUUGCAGAGUUGUCUUUGUUGAUCUGAAGUGAUGGGUGGAUAUUCCCUGAUCAGUCCUCCUCCAGCUCAUCGCAGGACUCGCCACCCGUCGUGUAGUCUGUUUCAUAGUGGUGUUGCUCUGAUCUCCUCGACUUUCCUCGGUAGGCGGAUUCUUAACCACUGCGCCACCAGGGAAGUCCCCCCUUUAUCUUUAAAACAAGAGAUUAGUAGCAGAACUAAUUGUAGAAGAACAUUGUAGAAGAACAUUCAAUCAAACUAACUACAAAAAGAAUUCAGAAAAGACAUCCUGGCUUUACCACAGAAAGAGAAGUAAAGUAUGAAAAGUAAAGAGACCAUUUAAGAUCCUAAUUUUAGUUACGAAAGGAAUGAACAUUUUAUGCAUGCCUUUCUUCCUGGGCAGCCCUCACUCAGGGUGGCCAAAGAAUUCUUAAAAUAGUGAUCUUGUUGCCAACAGACACAUGAAAGAAUGCUCAACAUCAUUAAUCAUUAGAGAAAUGCAAAUCAAAACUACAAUGAGAUAUCAUCUCACACCGGUCAGAUUGGCCAUGAUCAAAAAAUCUAGAAACAGUAAAUGCUGGAGAGGGUGUGGAGGAAAGGGAACACUCUUGCACUGUUGGUGGGAAUGUAAAUUGAUACAGCCACUAUGGAGAACAGUAUGGAGGUUCCUUAAAAAACUACAAAUAGAAUUACCAUACGACCCAGCAAUCCCACUACUGGGCAUAUACCCUGAGAAAACCAUAGUUCAAAAAGAGUCAUGUACCAAAAUGUUCAUUGCAGCUCUAUUUACAAUAGCCAGGACAUGGAAGCAACCUAAGUGUCCAUCAUCGGAUGAAUGGAUAAAGAAGAUGUGGCACAUAUAUACACUGGAAUAUUACUCAGCCAUAAAAAGAAAUGAAAUGGAGGUAUUUGUAAUGAGGUGGAUGGAGUUAGAGUCUGUCAUACAGAGUGAAGUAAGUCAGAAAGAGAAAAACAAAUACAGUAUGCUAACACAUGUAUAUGAAAUCUAAGGGAAAAAAAAAAAAAGGCCAUGAAGAACCUAGUGGCAAGACGGGAAUAAAGACACAGACCUGCUAGAGAAUGGACUUGAGGAUAUGGGGAGGGGGAAGGGUGAGAUGUGACAGGGUGAGAGAGUGUCAUGGACAUAUAUACACUACCAAAUGUACAAUAGAUAGCUAGUGGGAAGCAGCCGCAUAGCACAGGGAGAUCAGGUUUGUG